UGCCUUCCUAACCGGAUCGUGUACGGAGUGCCGGACGAGGAUCUAGUUGGUUUGUCUGAGGGAACUGGAUGCGGCUAUAGUGACGGGAUUGUAGCUAGGGACAGUCGAGUCAGUGGCCUGCUGUGCCACUGGCUCGACGCUCGUGGGGGUCGGAAGCCAUCGGCGAUGUGCGCAGAUAUCACACGGCGAUGCUGACGGUGACUGUCUUUCAGCCGAUGUCUGAACGAAAUUAUCGUGUCCCUCCUGUCGGGGACGCGGUGAGGUCCAGGUUGCAGCGAUCUUCGAGACGUGUCGUCCCGAAGAAAUUCAUCAUGUCGCGUCAUAAGCAGCCAAAGAAGCUAGAACAUUUAGCACUAAAUAGCCUCGGAGACUGGGUUGCGAAAAAAGCUGAAAUGAACAUGGAACCUGUAGCUGAUAUGGCUCAACGUGAUAUCUCCGGAGCACAUAUUAUUCUUGCGAAGAUAGUGGAUAGCACACGUACGUUUCUCGAAUACAAUGUUCCGUGGAUGCUUCACGACUUACUGGCUGAUCAAGUGAUUCGCGCUCUAACUGAGCUUUUAGAUAAAAUCAAAAAGUCUCUAGGCUUUCGAGGGUCUAUGGGUAAAUUUGUAAGUCAAAUGAACGUGGCUGUUAAAAUGGCUGAAGUACUUUUUACAAAAAACUUAACAUAUGUAUCAAUGGACGAAAUACCUAAAAUGUUACGAUCGGUGUAUUAUAUAAACAUGCAUAAACUUACUGGCUUGGUUUAUUUAAAUCUGGGAUCAUUGUCUGGGGGUUGGAAAACUGCGGAUAUGGAGGAAUCUGUAGUGCAAGCUUUACAAACUCUCCAUUGUCUCAAGUAUCUCGUUAUAAACUACGACUGUACGGACAACAUCCUAAAAUGUAUAGUACAAAAUUGUCCUAAACUCGAAAAACUGGAUAUUUCUAGUUCCAAGUGUAUAACGAAUGACAGCGUAAAUAUAAUGCUCAAGUUAAUGCAUUUAAGAAGUGUACAAUUGUACAGGACUUUUGUGACGUUGGAAGGAUUUACAAAACUAUUAAUAAAUUGCAAAACUUUAGAAGAUCUAGGCCGUUGCGAUGAGAUUGGCAAAAUUCUAGAAUAUAUUGAUUUAACUAAUUCGGACGCAAGGCCUUUAAAUUUAAAGGUGUAUGUAAGUCGAUACGCUACACUUCAUCAAUUACAAUUAUCUGUAGAAAUGUGCCCUUUCAUACGAAGUAUGACAGUAUUCCACAAUACGUUGCAAAAUGAUUUGAUGGUCUUGAUUGGACUACGAGACUUGCGAGAGCUGAAAUUGCUAUCGUGCGAUUUUUACGCAGACCAAGUAAAGCAAGUCUUGCAGGUGAAAGGUUGUAAUCUUGCUCACUUGCACCUCGAACAUGUUGAUCAAAUUGACCUAAAUGCUCUCAUGUAUAUUAGUCAAAUGUGCCCUUUACUUGAAAGCAUGACCUUUUAUAACUGUACUCUCAUUCAACAUACGUCCCUUUACACGAAAAAGUUAGAGAUUUCACCGUAUAGAAACUUAAAAAAGCUAACAAUUGUGGCGAAAUGCACAGAAGAACAGUUGAUGUUUCUACUGAGCAAUUGUUUGAAUGUUGAAUUUAUUCAGAUCGGCACUGCAGUGCAAAUGACCGACGAUUUUGUUAUUAAGUUGUUAAAUAAAAAUCCACUUAUACAUUUGAGGGAAUUGCGAAUUAUGCAGUCAGAUUUUAUGACCAUGACCUCUGUUAAGAGCAUUGUAGAAAGUUGUAUGUGUCUUGAAGUGUUAGUGGAGCUGGAAAGUUGGACAUUAUUGACUGAAAACGAUCGGGAGUACAUUCGAGAUUACAUACGAGUUAAUAAUCUAAAUAUCAACACGGCACCUAUUCGAAGAUAUGAUGUCUGAUGUUACGCUUCGAUAGCGUCUUCGUUUUGUUCGGCUUCGCAUGUUGACUAACGAAAACAAGUACAUAAUGAGGCAUUAAUUAUUUGACACUGGUGAGGUCAGCACGGAUCGAUACCGUGGGCACUGUACAAGUGUGUGAUGACGUAAAUAAUUCAUGUGGGAUUUGAAUGCUCUAGACUUCAUGGUCUAUAUGCUAUUUAACACUACAAUAUAAUAAUAAUAUAAAAAUAAUAGCACAAUAAUGUAAAAACAAAGAAAACCGGGUCAAAU